AUGAAUUUGAAUAUUUAUAAAAUUUGUCUUGUUGGAGACCAAAGUGUAGGUAAAACGUCAUUAGUUAACCGUUAUGCAAAGGGAGGGUUUAGUACAAAUGAAAAAGCAACUAUUGGUGCUAAUUUUAUUGCUACAAGUUAUAUAAAGCAAGGGCAAGAAAUUAAAUUAGCAUUAUGGGACACAGCGGGACAAGAGAAAUAUAGGUCAAUGGUUUCUAUGUAUUAUCGAGGGAGUAGAGGAGCAGUAAUAGUUUAUGAUGUUACUAAUAGAACAUCAUUUGAAGAUAUUAGAGGGUGGUGUGAUGAAAUUUUCAAAGCAGAACCAGAUGUUGUUUGUAUGCUUGUAGGAAAUAAAGCAGAUAAUAAUCAAGAAAGACUAGUAAGUUCUGAGGAGGGAGAAGAAUUAGCAAAAGAAUUAGGUAUUUUAUUUUCUGAAGCAUCAGCUAAAACAGGAGAUAAUGUUAAAGAAACAUUUAUACAACUCUUUGAAGCUAUUAAUUUUGAUGAGUCACAUUUACCAAAAGGUGAUAUUCAAUUAAAUAAAAGCAAACAAGAAGAAAAGGGAUGUUGUUAA